CGUAAAAAGAAACACUUUCGAAUGUGACUUUUGUUUUAACACAAAAAGAGUCCUGGCUGUGACAAUUUUUCAAACCGAAUCAUUACAAAAUGACCUCAACUGACUUUUCAAAUUCAGUCAAAUUAUAAGGCAGCCCAGACACUAACUUUUUAAAGUUGAAACAAAUCAUCUCUUUUUACAGUGCACUAAAAUCCUAUUGGGGUCACUAUGAGAGAACCACAGAAGGACUGUGAGUUCAGCUGCUUUUUUUUUUUUUUUUACAGUUUGAUACUUUCACACUGUAAACAACAGUAACAAAACACAUCUAUAAUUGAAUUGGUAAUACAAUUUGCUAUUUUUUUUAAUCAAGACCACGGUGAGGUCUUUUCCAUCAGAAUCAGACACAACAAAGACCCUCAUGUUCGACAUAGUCUCAACCCCCUUAUACAAUGUUGUUGGGGGUGGACGGGGGUGGAGCUCACUGUUAUAAAGUACCAUUGCAUUGCACAGUCAUAUGCACAAUGAGGAAAUUAAACUUGAUAACAGUUUUACUUCACUGCAGCCUCGGCUGGUUCUCUGUCUCAGUUUCUCAGUCUCAGACUGUGGAGGCUCAGUCAGGUGAAGAUGUCACACUGCUGUGCUCCAACUUUUCCAGUUCUCCCACUCAGAUCAUGUGGUUUAGAGUGGUUAAGAGAUCCCAACCCCGCUGUGUCGCCUUUAUGCUCGAACCCUUAGAGCAUAAAUUGUGCAAUGGAUUCCAAAAGGGAAAAUUUGAAAUGAGAUCAAACCUCUCGACUGUCUUUCUCAAAAUCAAACAAGCGAAUUCAUCCGACUCUGGACUGUAUUUCUGUGGAUUUUUCAUAAGCAGAAAACCCCUUAUUAUGGAUGCAAUAUAUUUAGAGGUUCAAGAAGCAUUUGAUGGAAUGGCAGAGAUAACAAACGUGAUCCUGGGCAGUUUGAUGGUUGUCUUUGUUGUGGGCACCCUUUGUCUGGCUGUUAAGUUCAGAAAGCUUCAGAAAGCUCAUGCUGAAGAACAGCAUCCACAACGAACAGAGAGUCAGGGCUCGGAUGAUCUGAACUAUGCAGCAGUGACGUUUCAUCCAAAAAGAAACCUGCCUGCAUCAAAGAGAAAAGUGGAGCCAAAUGCUAUUUAUUCAGCCACCCGAUAGACCCAGAAAGCACCUGGAACUACAGCCCUGAGUGGAACAAAUGUUUUGCUAUCAAUAUUUUCUUUUGUUUUAGUUUAAACCACAAUCUAAAAGCAGAAGAAUAAGGUAGUGACAUGUGUCAGAUAAAAAAGAGUUUCAGUGAGGUGUACCACAAGGACUCUGUCUGGGGCUAUUAAUAUUCUCUGUCUUCACCAAUGGUCUUCACUCACUUAUGUAUGCAAAUGAUACAACACUUUCCAACAUUUCCUACCAGCGUCAACUGAAGAAAUGCCUUGUACUUUGGAUAGGGAAUUACAAUCAGUUGUGAUGUUGGAAUUGGGUAACAAGCUAGGUCUUACUCUUUAAAAAACAAAAAGUAUUGUGUUUGGAUCAAAGUUUAGACC